CGGCUGACGACGCCGCCGCCGUCGCCGCCGCCUGGCAGGCACUGCCGGCCUGGCCAACAACGGGGAUGUUCUAACGAUUCCACAUCUUAUAAAACACCAAGAAUAACCAUUCAUAAGGAGAAGCACCAAAUUGCCGGUUAGUUCUGAUUAAGUAAAUACCAACUUAGAAAAAUCACCAUGACGAUGAUAUAUGAUUGGGUGGCCGGCACAAGAUUCGGAAAUUGGAUACAAGUAUGCAGAGAAUCGCGCCGUUUGGUGCUGGUAAUUGUGGCCAUAGCUCUCCUACUCGACAACAUGUUACUGACAACAGUGGUGCCUAUCAUCCCCGAAUUCUUAUACGACAUCAACCACCCAGAUGCACCUUUAACUGCCGGGCAAAGAUUACACGAAUUAAAAUCAACCAUUACCACAACUUCCUCACCAUGUCCAGUUAACAAUAAUAAAGUUCCUGACGAAAAUUUUAACGACACAUUAGCAACUAUUGAACCAACAGUUAACGCUUCCAUACAGCUGGAAAGAGACAGACAAUUACGUCACCAAGAUUUGGUGGAGGAGACGGUGGACGUAGGAAUGAUGUUGGCCUCGAAGGCAUUUGUGCAGUUGAUAGCAAACCCGUUUGUGGGCCCAUUAACGCACAAAAUAGGCUACAGCAUUCCAAUGUUCGCCGGAUUUAUAAUUAUGUUCCUCUCCACUAUAAUUUUUGCUUUUGGAAGAAGUUACGGAGUUUUGUUUACUGCGAGAGCACUACAAGGGAUCGGUUCGUCGUGUUCCAGUGUAUCCGGAAUGGGAAUGCUCGCUGAACGGUACCCUGAUGACAAGGAAAGAGGAAACGCAAUGGGAAUUGCGUUGGGCGGCUUGGCUUUAGGUGUCUUAAUCGGUCCACCCUUUGGCGGAUUAAUGUACGAGUUCGUUGGAAAAUCGGCACCGUUCCUUAUUUUAUCAGCUUUAGCAUUAGGAGAUGGAUUAUUACAAUUGUUGAUGCUUCAACCGGCGGUCGUUCGACAGGAAAGCGAGCCGCCCUCGUUAAAGGCUUUGGCAACUGACCCAUACAUUCUAAUAGCUGCCGGUUCGAUUACCUUCGCAAAUUGCGGCAUAGCGAUGCUUGAGCCGUCCUUACCGAUUUGGAUGAUCGAUACAAUGAACGCAGAAAGAUGGAAACAGGGAGCUACUUUUAUACCUGCCAGCGUUUCCUAUUUGAUCGGAACAAACCUGUUUGGACCGUUGGGACACAAAAUGGGCAGGUGGUUGGCCGCCUUGCUCGGUUUAGUUAUAAUCGGAGUUUGUUUGAUGUGUAUUCCUCUCGCUAAAAGUAUAAACGAUCUAAUCAUUCCUAAUGCCGGAUUGGGUUUCGCAAUCGGAAUGGUCGACAGUUCGAUGAUGCCCGAACUGGGUUUUCUGGUUGAUAUUCGACACUCUGCCGUGUACGGAAGCGUUUACGCGAUCGGCGACGUCGCCUUUUGUUUGGGUUUUGCGGUUGGACCCGCCAUGAGUGGAACGCUCGUCAAAACGAUCGGAUUCGAGUGGAUGUUGUUCGGAAUAGCCAUAUUAAACUUUAUGUACGCGCCACUUUUGCUGUUCUUAAAAAAUCCGCCGACCAAAGAAGAAAAAAAG